AUGACUAUCCCUGGAAGAUUUAUGACAAUUGAUAAGGGCACUUUUGGUGAAUACACUGCUAGCACCCGUUGGCCCAUUAUCAUUCAGAAUGCUAUAGACGAUUUAAGUAAGCAUCAAGAAACGGAGAAGAGUAACGGCACUAAGUUCGAACAAGGUGAAGUUAUCAAAAAGGAGCUCAAGGAAUUCCGUCAGGAGAUAAUUGAUCGUGUACCUUUGAGACCCUUUACUGAAGAAGAGAUCAAAAUUGCCAACGUCCCGCUUUCGUUCAAUGAAUAUCUAAAGAAACACCCUGAAGUCAAUUGGGGGGCUGUAGAGUGGCUGUUCUCGGAGGUUUACUUGUAUAGAAGAGUAAAUGUUCUUUUCCAACGCCAAUGCGAAUGGGCUAAAUUUGACAUAUUCAACAGACUUAAACAGUCAACUUUUGAGUCCUCGUUUUAUGGUGUCGUGGAAUUGGCGUUAAGGUAUGAAAAUCUGUUACCACAGCUGAGAGAAAUGAAGCAAAAUCCAGGAAAUGAGAUUGACGAUAUAUUGAAAGUUCUUUUUAAAGAGUUUAUUGAGAUUUCUUUGUGGGGCAAUGCCACUGAUUUAUCUUUAUUGACCAACGCUACGUUAGAAGACAUUAAAUCAAUCCAAGGGGCGAAAGCAAGAGCUGCAUCCGAGUCCAAGAUUGUUGUUAAUGACACGGAGAAAGCAUGGGAGGUAUUAACCAAAGCCAGGGCCGAUGCCAAUAGCAGAGAAAUUCGUGUUGAUUUUGUAUUAGACAAUUCUGGCUUUGAAUUGUAUGCUGACUUGAUGUUGGCAGCUUUUCUGUUACAAAGUGGUUUGGCUACCAAAUGUAUUUUCCACGCUAAAGACAUUCCAUACAUGGUUAGCGAUGUUAUGUUAAAAGAUUUUGAUAUAUUAGUUCAUGACCUGAGAGAUCGUGAGUUCUUCCCAAGUGGUGAACCCUCGACAAAGGAAUCCAGAGCUCUUGAUUUAUUUGCUGGUGAAAUGGAAAAGUUCGUCUCUAGCGGUAAGAUAGAAUUCCGCGAAGAUUCUUUCUGGACCACGGAAUUAGAUUAUUGGAAUUUGGACGCAAACGAAACCAAAUACCAUGGAUCCAUUUUGCACAAAGAUUUGCAAAAAUCCAAUUUGGUUAUUUUUAAGGGUGAUCUAAACUAUAGAAAAUUAACUGGCGACAGAAAAUGGCCCCGCACCACUAAAUGGGAAACGGCUAUCGGACCUCUUGCUACGAAUGGUAUUACAUCAUUGAGCUUGAGAACCUGUAAAGCCGAUGUACAAGUUGCUUUACCUGAAGGUCUAGACGCGAAAUUAAGUCAAGAAUGGGAAAAGGAAAAUCCUGGCCGUGGUUCUUGGUGGUGUUGUAGCGGUAAAUGGGCAGUCAUUUGUUUCUGCUCUGGUAUACAUAAAUAA